CCCGCGUCCCGCCCCGCUCCUCCCGGCCCCGGGAGGCCAUCAUGUGGCUUUUAUGAGUGCUCCCGGGCGCGGCCUGCGCCCCGCUGCCGGCUGCCUUGGCUGCGCUUCCUCCUCAGCCUCCGUUCCCGGCUGCCGGACGUGCUGCCGCGGGCGGGUUUCGGGGAGCAAUGACGCAGGUGAAGAGAGAGGUGUUCGGGCAGAUGCCCCAGGAGCAAGGAGGAGGAGUGGUGGAAAAGUUCACCUUAAAGUCAGACAGCCUGAAAGUGGAGAUCCUGUCGUUAGGCUGCAUCAUUGCUGCUCUGGAAAUGAAAGGCAGGGGUGGAGAGUUUACAGACGUUGUCCUAGGCUUUGACACUUUGGAAGGUUACACAAGGAAGCACCCCUUCUUCGGUGCCGUUGUGGGGCGUGUUGCCAACAGGAUUGCCAAGGGAAGGUUCAGCCUGGACGGGAAGGAGUAUCAGCUCUUCCUCAACAAUGGGCCCAACAGCCUGCAUGGAGGAGCCAAGGGAUUUGACAAGGUUCUCUGGAGCCCCCAGGUCCUCCCCAACGGUGUCUGUUUCUUCCGGCUCAGCCCCGACGGGGAAGAAGGCUACCCUGGGGACCUGAAAGUGUGGGUGACCUACACGCUCAGCGGCAGCGAGCUGGCCAUCAACUACCGAGCCCAGGCCAGCCGGGCCACGCCCGUCAGCCUCACCAACCACGCCUACUUCAACCUGGCGGGGCAGGGCUCGAGAGAUAUCUACGACCAUGAGAUUACCAUUGAAGCAGAUUCCUACCUGCCUGUGGACGACACUCAGAUCCCUACUGGGGAGGUGGCCAGCGUGGAGGGCACCGGCUUUGAUCUCCGGCAGCCUGUGGAGCUGGGGAAGCACCUGCAGAAGUUUCACCUGGGCGGCUUCGACCACAACUUCUGCCUGCAGCAGGCACAGGCUCGCCGCUUCGUGGCCAGGGCUCGCCACCCACCCACUGGCAGGGCCAUGGAGGUCCACACCACCCAGCCUGGAAUUCAGUUUUACACUGGGAACAACCUGGACGGCUCCCUGAAGGGCAAAGGUGCUGCCACCUACCCCAAGCACUCAGCUUUCUGUCUUGAAACUCAGAACUGGCCUGAUGCUGUCAACAAGCCUCACUUCCCCAGCACCCUGCUCCGCCCGGGCGAGGAGUACAACCACACCACUUGGCUCCUGUUCAGCGCUGCUUGAGGCCAGGAGAUGCCAGCCCCUGCCACUGAGAAGGGGCUUGCACUUCUUUGUGGGCUUCCUGAUGGUGAACGACUGCAAAGAAAGAAGAAGCCAGAGUUAACAUUUCAGCGUUUGGCUGGGAUUGAUAAAUCCAGAGCAAGGCAUCAGGUGGGCACCUGGACUCCUGCACAGCCUCUCACACUGCUUCUGAAUAAAAUCACCAUUGACUGCUGACAAA